UGCUGCUGCCAUUAAACUAAUAGAGGGACAAAGGAACGAUACAAUUUGGAACGUCGAAGAGUUAAAGCUCUAAAUAUUUCUCUGUGUUCUAAUUAUAUCUUUAUCUUCUACAGAAUGAUGACGAGCAGCAAAACGACUCUUGCUUUCCUCAUCUACGGGCUCCUCGUACAAUGCCACGUGUGUUCGCCGUUGAGUUACCCGAGCAUCAGGAUGGAGACCGCAGGAUUUGACGAGGAGGGACACUCACUAACGGAUCUGACCUUUGACAGUGACCAGAUCACUAUUCGGAGCUCUCCUUCAGUCACUGAAGACGCAUACACGUUAUACAGUCCUCCAUCGAAAAGAUUGGAAAGGCACGCUGACGGGAUGUUUAAUAAAGCCUACCGGAAAGCGCUCGGUCAGUUAUCCGCGCGGAAAUACCUGCAUACACUGAUGGCCAAACGCGUGGGGGGAGGAAGCACGAUAGAGGACGACAACGAGCCGCUCUCAAAGCGUCACUCGGACGGGGUUUUCACCGACAGCUACAGUCACUACCGGAAGCAGAUGGCCGUGAAGAAGUAUCUGGCCGCAGUCCUGGGCAAAAGCCCUGAAGACUUAGAUUUGCACCAAUGUCUACAAGACGAUGAGAUUGUGGCAUUUUUGUUCGAUUUGCUGACAGUUGCCUCCUGAAUUCCUGGCUUUGUGACACAGGAGGCAGCUAGCGGCUUGGGUGCCUUUGCUUCAUCUUUAAAAUGGCCACCAAUUUCAGAUGGCACUUAAGUGGCCCUCCAAAUGCUGCAAUCACCUGCUCACACAUCUCCUAUUUCUCAAAUAACAUACUUUGUUUAAGUGCCACCUGGCUUUCUGGUUAUUUGAUUUAACUUCUCUAUGCAUAGUGUGUUGUAGAAUUCAUUAAACAUUCUCAGCCUUGAAAUUCA